GUGUAGGAGAAGGGCGACGGAGGAGAGGAGGAGGAAGCGGGAGAGGACACGAGGAGCGGCAGGCGCCGAGCGACAGGCGAUCAACAGCGUCGUUGUCAUCUUCGUCGCCGUCGUCGUCAUCACGCAGGCAGCAAUGGCCGCCACCGUCAACGGAGUCGGGCUCGAGGAGCUGAGAACCGAGAUCGAGCGUCUUUCGCGCGAGCUCGACUUGGCCUCUACCGAGAAGAUACAAUCGGCGCAAUACGGACUCGCGCUGCUCGAGGAGAAGUCGGCCCUACAGCAACGGUGCAACGACCUCGAGGCGCUCUACGAGAACACAAAGCACGAGCUGGAGAUCACGCAAGAGGCGCUAGCAAAGUUUCAGACAACUACAAAAAUAACAGCGAAGAGUGGCAUCGAGCAGGAGGAAAGUCUUCUUAGCGAAAGUGCCGCACGGGAAACAUCUUUGCAGUCGCAGAUCAUCGAAUUAGAGAACGAAACGAAACAGUUGCGACAUGAAUUGGAACGAGUCGAGGCAGAGCGUGAUCACGCGCUGCAGGAGCGCGAAGAGGUCGGGAAGGAUCAUCAGCAAGCAGAGACGGAGCGCAAGUCAUUGCGAACAGAAUUGCGGGAGUGCAGGUUCCGCGAGACCCGCCUGCUCCAGGAUUACUCUGAGCUGGAGGAUGAGAAUAUCUCUUUGCAAAAACAAGUGUCCGGUUUGCGGUCCAGUCAAGUGGAAUUCGAGGGUGCCAAACAUGAAAUUCGACGACUUACAGAGGAGGUCGAGUUACUAAAUAGCCAAGUGGAAGAACUAACAAAUCUGAAGAAAAUAGCGGAGAAGCAAAUGGAAGAGGCAUUAGAGUCUUUGCAAGCCGAGCGCGAGGCCAAGUAUGCAUUGAAAAAGGAACUGGAUCAAAGGAUCAACAGCGAAUCGAUUUACAAUCUUAGCAACCUGGCGCUUUCCAUUCGAGGUAUUACGGAAGAUCAAACAAUAUGCAGCGAUGGAGAGGACGACUCACCUGCGCUGCGUAGAAUCGAAGCAGAUCUGAAGACGCAGGAACCGGGCACGUCCGCGACUGACAAACAGGUUGAUCUCUUCUCUGAGAUUCAUCUGAAUGAACUGAAGAAAUUAGAGAAGCAGUUGGAGCUCGCAGAGACCGAGAAAGCCCACUUGACACAAAAUUUACGCGAAUCACAAUACGCGGUUGAGAAGAGUCAAGCGGAAUUGCAAUCGUUCGUUGCACGAAUAGUGCAACUAGCAGCGCAUGUGCAAUCGCUUCAUCAUCUUCAUUCGAAACUGCCGGAAAAGCAGAACGAAGAGACGACGUUAGAUAAACUCAAUCAGGCCGUUGUGCAAUAUCAUCAGUGGAGCACCAUGUCCGCUCGCGAGAUCAGUCAGUUGCAAAAGGAUCUGGCAGAACUGGAGAAUGGUUUAACCGUAUCUGACUCCACGCAGCAACUAAGAACGGAGCUAACGAAUCUAAGAAACAAAAUACCCGAGUCAGAGAAGAGCCUUCGAGAAAAGCUCUUAGAUACAGAACAAAGGAGCAUGCAACUCGAGUCGGACGUGUCCACUCUGUCGAAACUCACCGCUGAAGCGGGCGGUUUUCUUGAUUCCGCUCAGAACGACCUACAGAAUCUCUCCGACGAGCUCGCGCAACUUUAUCAUCACGUGUGCACUGUUAAUGGUGAGACGCCAUCUAGAGUUGUGUUGGAUCAUGAGAAAUCAGAAAUUAUUCCUGAGAAAGAGGAGGAAAAUGGUAAAAUGGAUUGGUGCCGAACUUUGUUCAAGACCGACAUUAAGAUCAAAGACCUAGAAAGUCUUAGUAAAGCGAAAGAAAUUGCAAAGCACAUAGAGACCGCGAUGGAUCAAAUAAAACAUCUCAGAAAUGCCGUAGAGCACACGAUCGAACUAUCGAAAGUCAAAGGGAUGCAAUCCAAUGUUUGCAAUGUUUGCGAGGCUUCUGUCAAUGAAAACAAGGCGGACGUAACGGAUCUCCAAGAGCAAGUUAUAAGAUUAAAAGCUUUGUUAUCUGCUAAACGAGAACAAAUUGCUACGUUAAGGACAGUGCUUAAAUCAAACAAAAACACGGCGGAAGUAGCGUUAACAAAUCUGAAGAGCAAAUACGAGAACGAAAAGAGCAUUGUUAACGAAACAAUGCUCAAAUUAAGAAAUGAGCUUAGGAUGUUGAAGGAAAAUGCCGCGACAUUCUCGAGUCUGCGUGCAAUGUUCGCUGCACGUUGCGAAGAGUAUGUGACGCAAGUGGACGAGCUUCAGCGGCAGCUCGCCGUAGCGGAGGACGAUCGGAAAACGCUGAACCAACUGCUACGCCUGGCAGUGCAGCAGAAACUCGGUCUCACCAUGAAACUCGAGGAGCUCGAGGUCGAUCGGGAAUUACGCAACACCAGAAGACACGCCGCCGGUGCAAACGGACGAGGUAGACCGCGACUGUCUCAACAGACGAACCGUCCCCACUUAGGCAGAGAUUUCUUCUAGAAAAUGAUGAAGAUGUGGAGUAAAAUAUUUUGAGAGAAGCGAGGAUUUUGAGAACCUUUCGAAUUUUUCUAUUGCUCGUUGUCAGAUCCGCAUCUCACGGGUCUGAAAGACUAGUGAGUAUACAAUUGACUUCUUCGUUAGAGAGAACGUCCGCAGUCUCGUUAUCCGUAAUAAUCGGUUCAUCGCAUUAAAUUCUGCGAAUACGUAUUUUUACAAAGAGAUGGAUGGACACGGUGAGUGCUCGGGAAAAUAAAACGGAAAAAAUGAAAGAAGGAAACGAUGACGCCGUCCUCACUGAUACGGAAGAGAGAAUUGCGCUCGGUGAAACGGGGGAAGUAAGGACUGCGUUUUGAAGGCUUCGAAAUGUUUAAUUUCACAUCCCACGGAUUUUUGCUCCAUAUCAUAGAGUCUCUUCAUGGAGCUCUGCCUUGUGUUACCACUAUUGUUAAUAGAAGAAUUUAGGAUACAAAGGAGUUGUAGGAUACACUUUCGUUGCGGGCGCCCCGCCAUUUGCGGAGUCGCUGCGUGCGCGUGUUUAAUGCGAAUUAUAUGUUCUACGACAAUGCGCGUUCAGCCGUGUCAGAUUGUUAAGUGCAUUAGGAUUGGCGCGAGCGUUCCAUUGAUAUACUCUCGGUCGUUUGUAUUAUAUAGAGCACACUCCACGUUUCAGACAAUGCGAUUCGUCGAGCUCUGUCACUGCUUCAGCACGCUUAUUUAUUAAAGUUUCACGGUUUAAAUGACUCAAAGAGCAUUUCGUUAAAAUCUUUCGUUGGUCUGUAAUGUAGCAUAAUAAUUGUUUCUGGAACAUCUUGUUGGACGAAAAGCGUUACGUUAAACGAGGCAUGGCGUGAGAAACGCAUACUGUUAGGUAGAUUUGUGAAAAACGGAAGAACGGUUCGCAUACCAUAGAGACAAUAUUAAAUAUCGCGCGUGAUCGGUAGCAUUUAUAAUCAAAGUAGCGAGAUGAAAUGUCGUAGGCAAGUAGACUUGAAAAUUUUUAAACGAUAUAGUCGAGUAAAAUAUCCACGAUAUAGGGGACCCACCUUCCAAGUAGCACACCUCAGGUCACUCGCCAUAGACACUCGGAUAUAGCCUACUCACGCUCGUUUAUUUUUGACCGACAAUUUUUUUCUCCAAUAGAAAUCAUUUUAUCGUAGAUCGAUAUUCAUAAUCAAUUCUUAUAUUUAAGAUCGUCAGAGACAGGUCGUUUUUAAAAUCCUGCUCAGCCAAUGAAAUAGUCAUAUAACAUCUUAAGCUCGUACUAAGAUGAUCUUAAAUAUGAAAAUUGACUAUGAAUAUUGAUCCUUAUACAUUGUCGAAUCGCAGAAAUAUUUCAAUACACUGGAAACUGAACGACUCGUGCCGCUUUGCAUCUCGAACAGAAAAUAGACGAGUUAGAUACGAGAGGCCAAAAGAUGAAGAAUGCCAUUUAUUUUAUUGCAAAAAUGAAUUUUAUAGAUUUUAAACUUAGCACAUUGUGAUUCUAGGCAACAUAUUUUUCUGUUCGAGCCGCGAAACUAGUUGUUCCGAAACCAAAGUAUUGCUCAUCUUUUAUUAUUGAAAAUUGGUAUAUUCUUUCUCAUUGUUAACUACACACUCGCAACGUGUGAUAUCACGUUCUUUCGUUUUAUUAUAUUCGAUUUUAUUAUAUAAACGGCCUAAACGGGCUCUAGAUCAUUUACGUUAAUUUCUUAUUAACGUAAGCAGCUUGGCAGCUUGUUAAAUCCACUCCUAUCAUUCAUUAGAAGUUGAUUAUUAAAUUUGAUGAUUGUAUUAGGUGCAGCUAUCCAACGCAGAUUUCAUCACUUGUUAAGUUAUUUUUAUUUAUAUUUUUAUGUGUAUGUUUUCUAUUGUUGCAAGGCGCUUUGCAAGGCAAUUUUAAUACUUUAUACAUAAUCGUCGCUGAUCUCGUUCGACGGGAUUACGCAUACGAUUUUUUGUUUUAACAAGACAAAAGAAGGUGCACGAGAAGAGCUCUAAUUACACUUCUAUUGAUUACUAUCUUGUACCUUUGCGAGAGUGUAAUUAUUGUGAUAAGUGUGCUCAGUGCAUUUCGCGGGAUGUCCUUUUACUUUGAACAUUCUAUAGACAUGGCAUCUCUCUUUCUAAGUAAUACACGUAUUUAUUAUGACUUGUAAAGAUCAUUCCAAUUAAAAUAACUAAUUAUAAAGAAAAAUCUAAUCAUGUUUUUGCGAAUAUUGAUUAUUAUUAUUACUAUAAUAUUAUGUUGCAAUAUGCACACGAUCCAGAAACAUAAUAUGGAGCAUCCCGCAAAUAAAUAUGUAUACAAUAUAAACGAUCAUAGAUUGUCUUCAAUCAAAUUUGUUAUUACUAUUACUAUUGUCUUUAUUAUUAUUAUUAUCAUCGAUAUUAUUGCAAUUGUAUAUUUAUUCUUGUAACUAUUGUCAGCUUCGUCGCGGUAAGACAAAUAUCUAAAGAGAAUUUAUCGAUCGUUCAUCGAUUAUAUCAAUCGAUUGAUCAGUUGUCGCUAUUAUAUUGUAUCUAUAAUCUUGUAAUUAUUGCGUCACCUGUGUCUAUGACGCGAAUCGAAAUACUAUUUCCCAUUUUAUACGAUCCGACGUCGAUCAUGUUCUUCCGUAUUUCGGAAUAAAGCGUUUUUUUCAGAUUUUUAUUU